GGAUCCGAGGGACAACCGGGAGGCCCUGGAAAACCUGGUUCACAAGGAGCUCCCGGAGUACCUGGACCUGCUGGAUCACCAGGUCAACCCGGUCACGAUGGCGAACCCGGCGAAAAAGGACAUCCAGGAAAAGAUGCUGCUUACUGCCCAUGUCCUCCUCGCACUCCGACCUAUGACAGUGAGACAACGCAGGCUCCGUCUUACGCUCCAGAAACACCAAGCAGCGGCGGCUACCGCAAGCGUCGCGUCAAGAAGAUCCGUAGAGCUAAGGCUAAGGCAGUCUAA